AUGGAAUCUACUGAUUAUUGUGUGCCUAAUAGUCAACAUAGUGUUAUUUCGACGGAUUUGGAUACUCGCGCACGGGACGUUACUAAUCUGUGUGCUGCAUGUGAGUUAAGAAACAGUGAUUCAUCUCGGUCGACUGGUGGUUUGCAGAAACUGAAACGCUGUUCCUCAUUAGAAGACGAUAAUGAGGCCACCGUGUCCUCCGAAAACGUUAAUUUUACAAAAAGCACGGGUGCUGAUGAUCUUGGGCUUCAGUUUGACCAAAACCCUCAAAACAUUCACCCUGAACUACUUCAACAACUUAUCCUCCAGACCUUGCCCGAAACACAGCCAACUAGUCAUUCAGUGGGUCAAACACCCUUUGAUUCACAGGAGCAGCCCCAUCCUCACGUUUGGCGUGACCAUUCUACUUCUAACGUGGGUGGUAUUAUUCGGUUUAUCGUACCAUUUGAGGCUACGAUUAAUCAAGAUUUCCCGCAAUCGGUUUUACUUACUCCAUGCAUGUCUGGUGGUACAUAUGGUAUACCAAUACAACCAUUUGUCCUGUCAACUAAGCUCUUACAUUUACCACAAGACAGGUCAAAUAUACUUAACGUUGAUGAUAUCUCCCAUGGAACCAACAGGGAAGCCAAUACAGAUCCGCAGAUUUCCCCUCAACUGGCUCUAGACCAGAAAAAUGCGAUUUUGAAUGAAAUGGCCAAAACACCGCACCCAGGAUUCAUUCUACUUAGUAUUCGACAUGAAAAGAGAGGCAACGAUCACAGUGCCAGCCCCGACUGUUGCGCAUUCACACCGAACAUCAAAAUGAAUUCCACGGCAACCAGAAAGUUCUCUCGACAGCGAAGUAGAAAGCCGACACCAGUUGGAGUAAAUUCUGGAAAUUCCCUAUGUAGGAAGUUUGAAGUGACUACUGUAGAAACUAACGAUGGUCCCCAGCUAGACCAAAAGCCAUCACAUUCUCCCCGUUCACGCUUUAGAGUUACUCGAAUUGCUGAUUCAAGCAGUUGGUGGAUUCCAGACCGCACCGCAAUGGUCAUUUGUGUUCACGAUCUCAAGACUUCAAUGAUACCAGAUUUUGUCCAAAUUCAGGCGCAAAAAUUGAGUUCCCUUCAACCGAGCACAGAGUAUUCAUAUGAUGAACUGAAACACACCUUUUGGAACUGUCUAGAGCCAAAAUAUCUUCGAAGCUAA